AUGCUACGCAAUGUGCUCAUUAUGGCGUCCAGUGGCAUCGUCCUCUUCUCCAAAGAGUAUGCAAACGCAGUUGCUCAGCCCCGACUCGUCGGUUCCCUCAUCACGGCCAUGCUCGAGUUUUCCACGAAAGCCAUUGGCGCUCCAGUGUCGUACAUCCAAAUGUCGUCAAUUGCUGCCACAGUGGUCACGAAUGACAAGCACAAGGUCUUCUGUGCCUUGUUCCACGACCCAACGGACGGCGCGAGUUUCUCAGCGUUCGUGGCCCAAGAGUUGCUAGCAGCGUUCAUUGCGCAGCACGGAGAGGAAUUGGGCAAUGUCGGACACAACUUGCGGGACUUUCACCGCUUCCAGUACCAGAUCCUGACCGUCGUGCGUGACUCGGUCAAGCCCGUUGUCCGGAAAUUGCAAAAACAACGCGGUAUUCUGAAAGCCAUGCUCGUAGUCAACGGCGCAGUGACGUGCGCGACAGGCGACGUCGAUCCGAUUGGCGUGUUGGCGAAUCUUCAAGCGCUCGUGAACAGCUCGAUCGAUAUGAUGUCCUUUUCGGGUGACGACGUCAAUGCCAUGACGAUCCAGAGUGGACGCAACUCGUGCAUCCAAGUAAGCGUUGUCGAUGGCAACGACGUGUUGGUCGUCGUAUUCAAGAAAGGCCCACAUGCUACCAAGAACACGGCGGCAAUCGAAGAGUGCGUUCGCACCUUACGUCACGUGUGCGUCUUAGCACGCACGCUACAACAAAACUCUCGGUGA